AUGAAUCCAGCUGAUUUCAGGAUCUUCACCACUUUUCGAUACGAUCCAGAGCUCAGUCAAGUCCACAAUAAGGAUGGACUUGGCCAUGCUGGAUGGAAUUAUGACAACUCAUCGCCAAUCUACAUGCUGGACUACCACCGGGACCGCCUCUUACGAGCUGCUACUUACUGGAAGUGGGAGGCUGCAAUCACUGCCUUAGCUGGCGAUGCUGGGCUAGACGGACUCCAGAACUACAUCCUCCAGCACGCUGGCGACGCGGAAAAGCCUAUGCGGAUGAGGCUUGUUGUCGACGAGCAAGGAAGCUUUGAGCAUGUAACUGCCCCUACAUACAAUGUAGCUCUGAGCAACUUGUUUCCCGUCGACCUCCCACCGCCAGGACAAAGUAAUGAAGCGUCGAAGCGUCCCGAAUUUGUAGUCUAUGUCGACAGAGGCAAAACCCUGUCGUCCGAGUUCACGCACUUCAAAACCACCAAUCGAUCUAUGUAUGAGGCAGCCAGGGAGCGAUUCAACAUCCAGCUACCAGAUUCAAAAGAAGUGCUUACGAUCAACGAGGCCAAUAAUACCAUCAUGGAAGGGAGUACUACCACACCUUAUUUUUGGAGAAAUGGCAGGUGGGUAACUCCGCCCGUGGCUCCUCGGUACAGUGCCGGCAGUGAUAGCGGAGGCAAUGACGGGACUACCCGUCGAUGGGCACUCGAACAGUAA